CCGCCAAACGUUUGGAGCCUCUCCUCUCUUCCGCUCGUGCUUGAUUUAAUCCUGAGAUGAUUAGCAGAGAAUUCUGAAUUUCCAAAUUUGAAAAUAGUAAGGAGACGUAGAAGAUAGAAAACGGCUGAUCAGUGCUUUCGCAAAGAACAAGAAUCAAUCAAGCGCGUCAUGGCAGCUACCAACGCCGUAACCAUGGCAACCUCAGGUAAAUCUUUCGGGACUGACCUCACGAGCCUGUUUGGGAGCAAAGAAUUAGCCAUAGCAGGUAAAGCUUUGAUCCUGGUGGCCGUCGCGUUGCUCAUCUACGACGUGCUGGUGUUCCUGCUGGCGCCCACAUCCAGCAGGAAAAAGUUGUUACUCACGCCAUGGCUGACCAAAGUUUUUGCUGACGCUUGGGAGGCACAGAAUUUCCACAGCGGCCCCUACGGCAGGUCCGAAGACGCUGUGGGUUCCGUCCUGCGCUCCCUGGCCGACACAGCCGCCAAGUACGAGAGCCGCUGGGAGAAAAGCCGCCUUCCGUAACUCUGCCAGACGGGAGGCAGCAAACACGUUUUGGAAUUCGUUUGGAGAGAGAGGUUUAAUUGCAGGUAAAGAAGGGGGAUAGACACAUUUAAGUCAUCUUCAGUAUUGCUGGCUAGAACGUAAUCUGCUCGUAAAAUAUGUCUGUAAAAACACAUGCACAUACAUAAACACACUCGCAAACAUAUGUUUACACAUAUAUAAUGUAUAGGCACACACACACACAUAUAUGUACACACACACAUAUACAUAUUUUGUAUGUAUAUGCAUACACUCGUCUAUGCAUAUAUACAUAUAUCCAAACAUAUACAUUGUAUACACAGUAUAUAUAUACUUUAGUAUAUACAUAUGUGUUUGUAUGUGCUUGUGUACAUAAACGUUAAGCAGCUGUGAGAUAAACAUCUGCAGAAACCAAAUGACGCUUGCAGUAAAAAAUAAAUAAAAAUAAUAAAUAAAAACAGCCCUAUGAAUGAAAUGUGUGUUUCCUCUUGUAUUGAAAGUAGGUAUGUGAUAUUUUGUAUAUAUGAUAUUUAAAGCCACCGAUUGUAUUACUAAGAUAUAUGUAAUUAAUUAUUUAUUCAAAUA